AUGCGUAUCCAAUCCCUCGCUCUCCUGGCAGGCGCCACUACCGCUAUGGCUGCCGAGACAGUCACUCUUUUCCUACCCGGGUUCGACGAGCAGCGAAUUGAGGGCAAGGUCAUUGGCACUAGCGGCUCCAUGACCAAAUAUUUAAUCAAGUGUGCUGCCGACGUUGAUUACACCGAGUGUGGCAUCCCCGCUGAUGGCAUGACUGUGGCCCAAGGCUCUUCAACCGUCAGCCUGGGGUACAGCAUGGACUCUAUCACGAUCGCUGAGAGCUGCAAGUACGAUGCGACAAGCGUGAGCUGCGGCGCAACCUUCGACGAGAGUGGCACAACUUCCUCGUGGCACUCAAAGAUCGCUAUCACGGAAAUUCCCGGUGGCGCAUUGAUGCCUGUGACUAUCACCGCAACUGGUUCUGAUAGCUCUCCCGCCACCACUGGUGCCUCGGUCUCGGCUUCUACUGCCUCCUCGACUAGCGGUGCGACGUUGACCACCUCCGCUUCUACUUCCGACAGCACUGCUACUGGCACAAACGCCGCUACUGGAACUGGCACUGCUAACGAUUCCUCGGAUAGCAGUAGUGCUGCUGCCACCAGCCAGACUGAGACUGGUAACGCUGCUAUGCCCAUGAUUACUGGAAACGCGUGCUGGGCUGCCGGUGGUGUUGCAGCUGCUCUGGCCAUCGCCGCUCUCUAA